AUGCUUUGUCUUGUUUCUAUCUCAAUCCUUCUUCUUGUUUCCUCCACUUCCGAAUCAUUUUUUGAUAGGCGGUGGUCCAAAGUGUCUUUCUACUGCUCUGUUACCGUUACACUUCUUCCUUAUCCGUCUUUAUACUUUUCUCCAUUUUCAGCUGUAAACACCUCCCCUUCCAUCUUUUCUUUCAAUUCUUAUUCUUUUACUUCCACCCUACACUACCUCCUACUCUUCCUCUGCGCUAACCCCCCCCUCUUCUGUUUCUUCUUCGGUUCGUAUGUUCACUUGGUCGUAUCGUACGUCUUGAAAGUGCGACUGAAAAAAGAUAUUUUAAUGGAGAGUUCUUUCAGAUCAAUGCAAUAUCUUCCGCUAGCUUGGUCGACGUUUAUUUCUUCGAUCACCAGUCGAUUGGUCACCCGCUUCAAUUUAAUUAUUUUAUUUUCCUCCAACAUCAUUUCUCUCCUCUAUUUUCAUCCUUUUCUUCAUUUUUCCUUCGUUCAACUUCUUUUUAUUUGCUCUUACUUCUUCAUUUCUUCGUUUCAUUCUUCUAAAUUCUCUUCUAUCUCUUUAUCGUUCCUGUGCUUUUAUUUUUCUUCUCUUUUCUCUGAAAUCUAUCAUUCAAAUAUCGCCUUUAUUUUCCUUCUCUAA